AUGAGCACAUCCACUACCGAUGAACGUGCACCACUUCUUGACACAACGCCCAUACGUGUUGCAUAUACCGGAAAUAAAUUUGUUGAUCCACGUGGUCCUUAUUUACGUUGGCCGAAUGUGGUAUUAGCCGCUGUAGGAGGUGUCCUGAUUGAUAAAGUUUUUGGUGUGGCUCGUGGUGCUGUAAUUUUUUGUUUUUUUAUCGUUAUUGGCCAGAUUGUAUUUGGAAUUGGCGGAUGGUUUCGACUUAUAUGGUUAAUGAAUGUUGGUCGAUUUAUUUUUGGAAUUGGUGGUGAAAGUUUAUCUUCUGCCCAAAACGCAUAUGCUGUCAGUUGGUUUUUCGGUAAACAAUUAAAUUUUGUGUUUGGAUUGCAGCUUUCAUUUGCUCGUGUUGGAAGUUUGGUUAAUUUAAACACAAUUCAUCCUAUUUAUGAUUCGCUUGACAAUAAUCUAUCUGGACCACAUCGUAUCGGAGCAACUCUUUUGAUUGCUGUUUCCACAUGUAUUGUUUCAUUUAUCAGCGGUUUAUGUUUAUGGUGGCUUGAUAUUAGACGUCGGCGCGUUUUACUUGAAGAUGAGCCCAACGCUGCGGUUGAUAUAGUUCAUCUUCGUGGUAAGUAG